AUGGGUGGCGUCACCGCGCAGGAGUUCCUGCAAUGGAUCCAAGCCUACACCGUAGGAUGGGUGCCGGAUGAGGUGAGCGGCGCCAAUGUGGCGACCACACACAUCGCGGCUGGCUUCCUCUCGUACAGCGUGAUGAUCCACAUCGUUGCCAACAACGGUUGGCUUGGCGAUGGCAUUGCCUUCAAUAGCACCAUUGAUGGCACGGCGAGCGUUUCGUGCAAGAUGGGCGUCUACACCUUGGACGCUUCUGGGUGUGGACCCAGAGGUUGCGUUGCUGGCGCCGGCUACCUCGCGCAGUUGGGAAGUCGGGAAAUCAAUACCACUUUGGCAGCAACGCUGGCGAGUGAGGAAAGCACCACCAGGACUUGUGCCUCGGUGGUGCCUGGCUGGACUGGCACCUUCACCGUGAGGUGUUCCUACUCUGCACUCACCGGCGAUGGUUCAGGCUUAGGGCACAACUUCCUGCCCUGUUUUUCAUACAUGGCAACUCUCCUGAGCCUCGGCUUCUCCGUUGUCCUCAUUAGCUCAGCGAAUGCCUUCCAGCUGCUGGACGUAGGAGCUCCACGCACUGGCACCCAGUCGAUGUAUACCGCCUUUAAGAUGCUGGGGUUGAAGCCACGCGACAGCGGAUACGACCUCACGGCACGUGAACCACUAUGUGGAUAUCUUUUUGGCAAUGCUUCUGGCAAUCGCUCACUGGAUGAUGCGCUUGCCACCCUGAGUGGAUUUGACGCAGCCAUGGAUGAACCAUACAUGCUCCUUUACGAGGAAAUCAUGGCAGCCUUUCCUGAGGCCAAAUUUCUGCUGACGAUUUCCGAUGCUGAAAGCUGGUUCAACAACUACGUGGACAUCAUGCAUAGCUACCAGCGUGCGCAUGCAUCACUUACUGACGGCAGGCCCUUUUAUCAUCAAGAUUGUACUGGCAUGAGGUCAUGGGGGUGCAAUUUCGUAGACCAUGCCCAGAAUCAAACAGAGGCGGACUAUGCAUCCAGAAAGGAGACGUGCCUGCAAAACUAUGAGAGACACAUUGAGCGUGUGCAGCAAGUCAUUCCGCCCGAGAAGUUGUUGGUCUACAACUGGUCCGAUGGUUGGGCCCCUUUGACGCAUUUCUUGCAUCUUCCAGUGCCAGAAGAAGAGUUUCCAAGCUUAGGGCACAACUUCCUGCCCUGUUUUUCAUACAUGGCAACUCUCCUGAGCCUCGGCUUCUCCGUUGUCCUCAUUAGCUCAGCGAAUGCCUUCCAGCUGCUGGACGUCGGAGCUCCACGCACUGGCACCCAGUCGAUGUAUGCCGCCUUUAAGAUGCUGGGGUUGAAGCCACGCCACAGCGGAUACGACCUCACGUCACGUGAACCACUAUGUGGAUAUCUUUUUGGCAAUGCUUCUGGCAAUCGCUCACUGGAUGAUGCGCUUGCCACCCUGAGUGGAUUUGACGCAGCCAUGGAUGAACCAUACAUGCUCCUUUACGAGGAAAUCAUGGCAGCCUUUCCUGAGGCCAAAUUUCUGCUGACGAUUUCCGAUGCUGAAAGCUGGUUCAACAACUACGUGGACCUCGAGCAUCGCUACCAGCGUGCGCAUGAAUCACCUACUGACGGCAGGCCCUUUUAUCAUCAAAAUUGUACUGGCAUGAGGUCAUGGGGGUGCCAUUUCGUAUACCAUGCCCAGAAUCAAACAGAGGCGGACUAUGCAUCCAGAAAGGAGACGUGCCUGCAAAACUAUGAGAGACACAUUGAGCGUGUGCAGCAAGUCAUUCCGCCCGAGAAGUUGUUGGUCUACAACUGGUCCGAUGGUUGGGCCCCUUUGACGCAUUUCUUGCAUCUUCCAGUGCCAGAAGAAGAGUUUCCAAAAGUGGAUGAGGUGAAAAUACAUCUUGACGUCAGAGGCAAAAUCAUGGAUGCGCUGGGAAUGAACGGAUGA